CGUAUACACGAGACGGUACCUGGAACAAGGCAAAGUUGACAAUUAAAGUUCCGUUAAUGUGCUUUCACCGCUCUAACGCGUAACGUCUAACGAUGGCCGCGCGCAGCUACUUUUUCCAACUGUCUAAACGAUCGUUCAGUUUUAUCGCACGAAUUCGCGAAAAAACAGCUAUGAAGCUACAUCAUCAUUGCAUAAAGCUUGCAUUACAGAAAAAAAGGCUCUAAAAUUUCCCUAUAAAUAAUCUCCGCGGAAAAAUGGCCAAUUACUCCCGAAAUAACACAUAACGAAGCGCGCGAUUAUCUAACGUAUAAGCGCGAGCUCGCUUAACGAUCUUCGGUUCGCUCCGUAUGGAUCGUCGUACGAAAAUGCUUCCUCUCGAAACCUACUGCUAGAGCAUAUAAUCGCGCCGAAAACAGAUACCCCUGUUACCUCAUCGAUCGCUCAUCAUCAUCGUCGCGGAGCAUACAAACGCGAGCGAGCUUUCGCAAUGCGUGCAACCCUCCGAUCCAAAUUCGCGCAAUAUAAUAUAAAUCGGUUGCCGCAUGCUCGCACACAUAGGUACACUCACUCGGAGAGAAACAAAUCGGCCUCGUUAGAGCGGAAUAUCCUGGCUCGCGCUCGUGUCGGGAGAGGUAGUCCCGUGCGGGAGAGUGGUUUAGAUGGACGGACUGCACACACGUGGGGAUGCUCCAUAUAAGUAGCGACCGCGAGCCUCGCCAACCCGCAGAUCCUCUUUCCGUUUCUUUACGACAGUACCGUGGAGCCGAGGCUGCGUGCGUAUACAGACGUAUCAUCAGCUGUACGCGUUGUUGGUGUUUUCGUUGUGCUCGUUCCUUGACCGUGUGCACGUCACGGCUCAUCGUCGCUUGUAUUUUAAUCUGCACGAAAUAAGCCCGCUCGGAAGUUGUUCAGUGCCGGCCGACGUGAUAGAUCGUUCGAGAUGUAGCUUAUAUCGGGAGAUAUAAUCUUGACAUCCACGAGCGUGCACACGGGAGUCGGAGAGUUGGAGUUCACGUGAUGCUGCUCUGUUGAUGCAUCGAGCGCCGAAGGAAUACAGCUAACAAGCGCAUCGGGGACGUCGGACAGAUGGCGUCGGAAGUGAUCAGCGUCCUCAUCGCAUCGGUUAUCGUCUGCGUCUUCGCGGAGCCGCCGGUGCAAAUAGACGAGCGGCAUCUGCAGCCGAACCACGAUCAAGACGAUAACGCGGGUAACGGCUGGCAGGACUCGGUUCCGGGUCUGCCCGGCAGGGAUUACCCGAAUCUGACCAGCAUACCCGAGACGUCGUUCACCUGCGCCGGAAAAACGCCCGGGGGGUACUACGCCGACGUCGAAACGAGAUGCCAGGUGUUUCACGUAUGCAGCACUAAUGGCGCCAAAAGUUCCUUCCUCUGUCCGAGCGGCAGUGUUUUCAACCAACGGCACUUCGUUUGCGACUGGUGGUACGACUUCAUUUGUGAGCAAGCUCCCAAGCUCUAUGCACUCAAUCGCGGACUCGACGAUCGCCUCGAAACUCCAUCCUCGACGCCGUCCUUGCCCAUCGAUUCGUCGUUCAAUUCCAUCGCUGGACCCGGGGGCGAUCUGUCCCUCGCCAGUUCCGGUUAUCCGAACAAUAUUAGGGACGAUGCUAACUCGAUCUACGAAGAUUACACUUCCGUCAAGAUAGCCGACAGCGAGCCUGCCAAGGAGAAAUUUCCAUCCGUGGCCGCUUCCAGCGCGCCGAGCGCCAGUGUACAGCAGCUUGGAGACUCGAGUCAGGCCACGACUUCCGGGAUCCCCGCCGAUAAUUACUUCGAGGCUCGUCGACACGAACGUUUAAAUAGUCAGCAGCAGCAUCAGACUCGUGGACGCAAUCACGAGGAAAAUCGACGACCCUUGACGUAUCGCAGGAGACCGAUCCACGGCCUGGACAAUGUGCCGAGGGGAUUUUCCAAGGAUCACGCCGAGAAACAGGCUUUGGCCAAAGGGAGCAAUCAGGGCGCAGGAUCUUUUGUGAACAACGGAUUAGCCGACGAGAGCGAGAGGAAUAAAAAUUUUCCCUUGCCUAGAGAGAAUAAUAAUUACGUGGACAGCAACACCUACAACAACAGACUGAAUGCAGCUGACAACGACAACCAAAAUAGGAAUAUCAACGAUUUUAACGGUAACAACAACAAUAACAGAUUCGAAAAUUAUUACCAGAGUACGGAGCGCUACCCGCUUGUGCCACAAAACAGUAAUCGCGUGAACAAAAAUUACACCGCCAACAACAACAAUAACAAUAAUAAUAAUAAUAAUGCAAACAACAACUACUACAACGGAAAUAAUGUUAAUAACGAUGUUCAAAGUAAUAAUUACUACAAUCAGAAUAAUUUUAAUGAUAACGAUCAAAAUAGCAAUAAUAACUAUUACAACAAAAAUAACAUGAACAGCAACGAAUAUUAUAAUCCGGGCAACAAUAAUAUCAAGUACGACAACUACAAUCGGAAAGCAGAGAGCGUCGAAUCGAGCACUGUUCACAGUUAUAGCACCAACUACGAUUUCCCCAAAGACCAUCAGGCUCAGACCUCCGAACUGUCUACCUCGAGACCUCGCUCGAUAAACUCCAGCCCCACAGAGGACGACGUAGAUCGCGAACGACAGCGCGAAGUAGACAGCGCUGACCUAAAACGCAAACGUCCUCAGCCUCACCAUCAGCAGUCUUAUGACAAUCAAUCCCCGGCGUUUCUCAUUCGAGAGGAAUUCACACCGAACAUCUGGAGGGAUGAUUUGUCCACGAGCAGUACAGCGUCCCAGAGCCCACCCUACCCUCCAGACAGAGGCUAUCUCAGCCCGGGUUCCGAUACUUCGACGCUGUCAAGGCCCGUGGAAGUGACGACUCCAGUGGCUUCCACUACUGUAAGCUACCCGAAACCGAAACCGCAAGAGAGGCCGAAGUUCCUAGGCAGGAGGCCAGCCGGCGGGCUGCCGAGCGGAGCGGGUAACGGGCUACCAGGCGCCAACAAAGUUCUCAUUGGCUCUGAUGCUAUCACCAACACUCCGGGAGAAGAGUCGGCUGGUGCCGGUGACAAUUCUGAAUCCGGUGUAACUGCGAGUGGUGUCAAUGGAAAUGGGAAUGGAGUGAACGGGUGGGGUGACCAGAGUAGCACGUACCUACCCCCACAGACUUACAACGAGUUUGGAGGAGAUGGACAGAACAAUAACUGGAAUAAUGCCGGACAGACAUGGAAUAACGGUAGGCAUUACGAUGGAAGAUAUUAAAGUUGGACUACUUCUUGAGAUUUUUGACAGUUUUUACGAAGGUAUAUUAAGUACUACAACUUUUAUGUAUGAAACAUUUCGACUGUUUUACGCACUUAUUUAGAGGCUUUCGUAUUGUUGUCUUAACUAUUGCUAUUUUUAACAUACCUAAUGUAAUACCCUGGUAGAAACGUUAACGUCUAAUAAGCUAAGUUUUGCGCCACUUAGCUAAGUUGUGGUUAACAAUUUAAAUAAAUAAGAGUUUAAACAUUAUA